AUGUUCAAAUCCUCACAUCUUACCAUCUCGCUCGCUGCAAUGGUUGAAGUUCACGGCGAACCGUCUGGUCGUGCGGACGUGGAACUACACCGCCGCGCAGGUCUGGCGACUGCUGAGUUUCUUGGAUGGCAGAUUGUCGGUUUGACGCGCCACGCUGAGGCGCGUAUUAUGUCGUACGUGGGCGGGGGUCGUCCCAAGGGCUGGGAUGUCGCGGACGCGCCCGUGCGCUACUCCAAUAUCCUGAAAAAGAGUAACAUCGGGCGCAAGAUCGAGGUCGUGCGCUUGGAGUGCAAAUUUAAGAUGAGCCGGGAGAAGGGGGGGGCCAAUCGCGAGGGCGUAGUUGACAGAUUCUGCGACGAUAUUGGGAGGCAGAUCGGGGACAUUGUGAAGCAGCAUAGCAAGAUCUCCGCAGACAAUGGCAUUCUGUUGUGCGUUUGCGUCUCUGUGGGUGCGGUUGGUGAUGCCUCUGGUGAGUCUGUGUCCCUUCGUCUUACCUCGGGCUCAUUCGGCCAGCGCUCUCUGCAUUAG